AACUCGGGUACAUUAUAUUGUACCAGUUCGGAAAGAGAUGUCAAUCCAGUGGAGAGCGCAUUCGUGAAACAGUAUUCAUUCUUCCCCGAAAGUAUUUAUUCCUAAAAUAUAGUGAUUUUUAAAAACAAAUGCUGGAUACAGUAUACACAAACUACAAAACGGAAGGAAGCGGUUUGUUGAGAGUAUUUGUACGAGGAGACCGGCCGGUAUUCACACCGGAGCGGUCUAUGCGCAGCAGGUAGCUGUACCUGCGUCUUUCCAGCCUUGUAUUGAAAGGAACAGGGAAGCGCCUUGAGCGCUCCGCUCCUCCCAGCGCCGGACAGACAGCCGCAGAGGAGCAGCACUAACGAGCUCGGCAGAGCCGGCAGCGCGGACAGGAGCCCGGUGUUGCGCACAACCAUGGAGCGAAAAGUUGCUCGCGAAUUCAGGCAUAAGGUGGAAUUGCUUAUUGACAAUGAAGCUGAAAAGGAUUACCUUUACGAUGUGCUGCGGAUGUACCACCAAUCUAUGGACCUCCCUGUCUUGGUUGGUGAUCUAAAGCUGGUCAUUAGUGAGCCAAGCCGCCUGCCUCUUUUUGACUCCAUUCGACCUCUCAUCCCCCUGAAGCACCAGGUGGAGUAUGACCAGCUCACCCCUAAACGGUCAAGGAAGCUGAAAGAAGUCCGCUUGGACAGAACCCAUCCUGAGGGACUGGGACUGAGUGUCCGUGGAGGAUUGGAGUUUAACUGUGGGCUUUUCAUUUCACAAAUAGUCAAGGAUGGACAAGCUGACAACGUGGGCCUGCAGGUUGGGGAUGAGAUAGUCCGGAUUAAUGGCUACUCCAUCUCUUCAUGUAUUCACGAGGAAGUGAUUAACCUAAUCCGAACCAAGAAGACGGUCUCCCUGAAAGUCAGGCAUGUGGGCAUGAUACCAGUCAAAAGUUCAUCCGAUGAGCCCCUGAAGUGGCAGUAUGUGGACCAGUUUGUGUCUGAAACUGGGGAUAAGAAAAGCAGUGUCGCUGGAUUGGCAUCUAUUGGAGGGAAAGAGCUGAAAGAGAAAAAGGUUUUCCUCAGUCUUGUUGGCACAAAGGGCAUGGGAAUAAGCAUUUCUAGUGGUCCAACACAGAAGCCGGGGAUAUACAUCAGUAAUGUGAAGCAAGGCUCUCUGUCAGCAGAGGUUGGGCUCCAGGUGGGCGAUCAAAUUGUUGAAGUGAAUGGUGUUGACUUCACAAACCUGGACCACAAGGAGGCUGUGAGGGUCCUUAAAAGCAGUCGAAGCUUGACCAUUACAGUUCUCACAGGAGCAGGCAAGGAACUGUUCAUGACUGAUGAUGAGCGACUGGUUAUGGAGUCCCGCAGAGAGGUGGAACGGCAGGAGCUGAUGCACCAGAAGAGAGUGGCCCUGGAGACCAACAAGAUCCUCAAGGAACAGCAAGAGAAAGAGAGACUGAGGCAGAUAGAGAUUUCUCAGAAGACUGCAGAGGAAGAAGAACGCUAUCGCAAAGAAAUGGAAAGAAUUGAAGAGGCUGAGAGGAAACAUCUAAGGGAAUGGGAAGAGGACUGGGGGCCCAGAGAGCAGCCAAAGAGCCCCGUGCCCCCGCCUGCAGAGAGGAACACCCCCUCUCCGCCGAAACCCAAAAGCUCAGAUAACGGGCCGUCUGCCUGGCAGCUUGAGAAUGCGGAGGAUGAGCAGGGGCCGGACGCAAGUGACCUGGUGAAUGGGCAGCAGAAAGGAAAAAAAGAAAAAGGAAAAAAGAAGCCCUCUAAGAAUGACACGCUUCAGGAACAGAGGAAGAAUAAGAAGGAGCUUGAGUUUGAGCUGAAGCUAGCCAAGGAAAAAGAAGAAAUGUUAGAACGAGAAAAACAGCUCAAAAUCAGUAGGCUAGUGCAAGAGGUGUCGGAGACCGAGCGAGAGGACCUGGAGGAGUCGGAAAAGGUUCAACACUGGGUAGAACGGCUUUGUCAGACUCGAUUAGAGCAAAUCUCCUCCGCAGAGAAUGAGUCCACUGAGGUGCCGACAGACAGAGCCCCCUCCACGGGACCCUCAGUGCGCCGGUUUGCAGGAGGUUUGCAGCUCACCACCACAGACCUGGACGACAUUAAUUUAGAUGACGUGGACCAGAGUCUUGCUGGCCCCAGUCACCCCGAGGACAGGUUCGGUGGCCACAGCUCUCAUCUCUCGAGCUCGGCGGACCCUGACUGGGAAGGGCAUAACUACAGGGCCAGACCCGGUUACAGUAAGGUCAGCCCAGGUGGUGAGCCCUCCUACCCUCCGAGUCCCAGGGUGGCUCAGCGUGAUGCCACUGAGGUUAUGAGAAAUACAUCUCAUGCCAGCAGAAUUUCAACCUCAAGCAAUCCACUGCAAUUAGCUCCCAGUCCGCCCAGCCAGCGCCGCCCUGUUGUGCCCAUAACUUCCAAACCCGUCAUGCUUCCUCCCGUGCAGCCUGUCCGCAGACCCACCCUGCGCUCCGAGGCCUUGCCACCAGAGAUGUUAAAAAGGAUGGUGGUCUAUAAUUCCUCUUUCAGAUCCAACAGAAAACAAGUAAUUAAUUGCAGUCAUCUCCCUCAAGUGGCUUGUCAGCUUUACUCUUCAUUUUCCAGUAUUUGUUUCUUUGAUUUGACUUUCUCUUGUUCUGUUCUCUUAUUACAGUUUACUCCAGAACAGAUAAUGGGAAAAGAUGUGAGACUUCUCAGAAUUAAAAAGGAAGGACCACUUGAUCUUGCUGUAGAAGGAGGGGUAGAUUCUCCUCUGGGGAAGCUUGUGGUUUCUGCCAUUUAUGAUGGUGGUUCUGCGGACAAGCAUGGGGGAAUAGUAAAGGGAGAUGAGAUCAUGGCUGUUAAUGGAAAAAUCCUAACUGACGCCACUUUAACAGAAGGCCAGAAUUCCUUGGCUAGAGCAUGGAACAGUGGUGGGGAUUGGAUUGAUCUAGUGAUUGCUGUGUCUCCUCCAAAGGAAUAUGAGGAUGAAGUGACCUUCUUUUAAGAAUCAGAAGACAAGAUGGAUCCUUUGCCUUUAGGAGUGUCUAUGUUUACUUCAUUGUGGUUAAUUAUUUUUUUUUAAGAUGAUCAUUUUGCCUUGAAAAAGAAAUUAAGCUGAUAUUUCACAGAAUAUUGUACAGUCAGACAAAGCAGUCUUUUGAUCUGCUUCAUGGAAAUAUAAAACACUUAAUGUUUGAAGUGACUGGUGAACCUCCUCAGGGAUCUUCUGAAUAGCACUUCCCUAAUAGUCCUUUAACAUAAGCAGAGACAUCUCCUUAACGAUGUGAUUUCUUUCGUAUGAGCUUCUAUCACACCCUGACUAAGUAGCCAACAGUCUCAUAUCAGUGUUCCUGAGACCUGCCAACCCUUUUGAGAAAAGGCCACAUGAGGUUUUUUUUGCUUACAGUAUGUUUUGCAAGGCCUGCAUACUUAUAGUUACUGUCUCAGUGGACUUCCCUACUAAGGCUGCUUUCAGGACAAGUGGCAGUUUAGUAUCUGUUUUCGCCAAAAUUAAGGAAGAAAUCAUGUGAAAUUCAUCUCAUCAUAUAAACAUUGUGAGUGUCAUAGUGCUUUAUUGUGACUUAUUAUACCGUGGGAAUAGCCGAGAUAAAAGUUAUAUUGAAACAGACAUUUAUGCUUUUGAAAUGAAUUCAGGAAAUUUGUUGUUGCUGUUUAUUAAAUAAUUAUUUUAAGAUAUUUUAAAAACAAUAAGAAUGUAAUAUCUGUGUACACUAACAUUAUCAAUUGCCAUUUCUACAAUAUGUGUGUAAUUAUGUGUUGCAACAAAGUCUGAUAUAACUGAUAAAGUCCUGCUGUAUUUUAUUGAUAGUGGCAAAUUUGUCAUUGAUGUGCCUUUUUGUCAAAAACAUAAAAUACAGUUAUCACGCAGUGGCACAAGGUCCAAUCCUUGCAAUUUCAGAAUUAAUAAAAUCCUUAUCCCAGAUUGAAAA